GUGGGUACUAAACAUCAUGAUUCUCGUACAAUGGAUUGAUAUCAAAAUAGUCAAACAAGUAAGAACCUUACAUAAAUUAUACCAUAAUCGACUUGAAGAUCUGGCAACGUUGCUUUUAUCUGCUCAUUCAUUAUUUAUCCACAUCGUAAGAAAAUAGUAUAUUGGUAGCACUUAUUUAAGUUACUAAACAACUGUCAUUUUGUGUCAAUUGUCAAAGUUUGUUUUGAUAGUGAAUUUCCUUGCUGCUUUUAUUCAUUUUAGAGAGACUAUAAAGGUAUAUUCAAUCGCAAUAAAAUGGUGCAGCAGUGCUAUUUGUGUAAAAUUUAUAAACAUCAGGCCGGAGCGGAAUCUUUAAAAUUUCAUUCGUAAGUAUACAUCUUGUUUAUGUUCAGAGGCGUAUCAUGGCGUCUCAUUAUCGAGAAACUUGUUGAUAGCUUUCGAUUUAUAACUAAUAUUCGAAAUUCUAGCCUUCCCAAGAACCCGGAAAGGAGAAAAAGGUGGUUGUCGGCCCUUGGAUUCGAGGAAAACCAUCAAUUUCCUAAGAGGGUGGAGCUAUGUUCCAAGCAUUUUGGAGAAAAUGCGUUUGUUUAUGGAAGUGAGGGACAAAAGACACUCAAGCGGGAUGCGAUUCCUCUCAUCUCUCAUUCUUUGUUUGAUCCUGCAGUAAGCACCAGUUCAGAAUCAUCUGUAAGUCCAGAGAAGCAAGAAGACUCAGAUUGUGUAUAUAUCUGCCAUUUCAAUCACUUGUGAGGGGACUCGUGCUAAAAAAAGGUUAUUCAUGGAUGAAGAGAUGUAUAACUUUCCUGUCUCAUCAAAUGAAGAGCAAUAUGUCCAUACUUCCUCAACAUUAUCAGCAUCAGAAAGUGAUAGUGCUGCUAAAACUGCUGGAGUACAAGAACAUAUGCUUGAUAAGAAAAAAAGAAAGAGGUGAGAGAAGUUUAUCACUUAUUCUAUAUCCUGUAAUACAUAAUACUGCAACAUACAGAAUGAUUGGUUUACAGUUUAAUAGGUGGUAAGAGGAUUAAUAACGUUUGAUUUAGUUUUUAGAUAGCCUAGGUUUGUCUUAUAUUCAAAACUUUGUUCUUAUAUGACUGCUACUAUUUUGGUUAUAAUUAUUAUAUGUCUAUUUAAUAUGUGUGUACCCAAUAUGUUUUCAUAGUAACACAUAAAAAUUAUAUCAAAAGUGAUAAACUGCUCGAUAUAUACAUUUCAGCUGAUACUUAGUGUAUUUUUAUGAAUGAAGAUAUGAAAAUGAGCUAUGUGAUUAUAUUAAAACUUAUUUGGGGUCUCGAUAAUCAUUCCAUGUUCC